ACCACUCUCGCUAAAGCACUCGCUGAAAAGAUUGGAGUUGGAGUACAUUAUGAACCAGUUAUUGAUAAUUCCUACUUGGCUGAUUUUUAUUCUGAUAUGAAGACUUAUUCUUUCCGUUUGCAAGUUUAUUUGUUGAAUAAGAGAUUCGAACAACACCAGAAAAUUAUUUGGGGAUCAAAUGGAGGAGUUCAAGAUAGAACUAUCUAUGAAGAUGCUAUCUUUGCCAAGGUUUUGAUGGAUACUGGAAUGAUGGAAAAGAGAGAUUAUGAAACCUAUGUUUCCCUUUUCAGAAACAUGUCGAAGUUUAUGAAACACAAUACAAUGAUUAUUCACUUGGAUGUUUCUCCAGAAACAAGCAUGGAAAGAAUCAAGAUGAGAGGAAGAGAAUGUGAAAGUGGAAUUACUCUCGAAUAUCUUCAAAAGUUGCAUAGUGGAUAUGAAGAAUGGCUCACCAAGAUUUCAAAGAUUAUUCCAGUUAUUAAGGUUAAUUGGAGUCAAUUCAGAAGUCUUGAAAAUGUUUUGGAAGAAGUUAUGAAAGCCUAUAAUCAAAUUCAAAAUAUUCAACAUGUUACUUUUGAAAAUAAGGAUACCAGCAGUACAGUUCUCUAA